AUGGUCUCUUUCACUUCGCUUCUCAUCACCGUGACUGCCGCCAUCGGCACCUUCGCUGCACCUCCGGCAAAUGCAACCGAAGGACUUGGACUUCUCCAGGCUCGCGCUGGAACUCCCAGUGCGACGGGCACAUCGAACGGCUUCUACUACUCCUGGUGGACCGACGGUGCCGCUGAUGCCACCUACACCAACGGAGCUGCAGGCCAAUACUCUAUCCAAUGGUCGGGUAAUGCUGGCAACCUUGUUGGCGGCAAAGGAUGGAACCCAGGAAACAACAACAGAGUGAUCAGCUACACGGGUACAUACACUCCAAACGGCAACAGCUACCUCGCCAUCUACGGGUGGACGCGUAGCCCGCUCAUCGAAUACUACGUCGUCGAGUCGUACGGCAGCUACAAUCCCUCUUCUGCUGCCUCAGCGAAGGGGACUGUGACCUGCAAUGGCGCGUCGUACACCAUCCUCCAGACCACGCGUGUCAACCAGCCUUCAAUCGACGGCACGCAGACCUUCCAGCAAUUCUGGUCUGUCCGCAACCCGAAGAAGAACCCUGGCGGCGCCAUCAGCGGCACUGUCGACGUCGGCUGCCACUUCCAGGCGUGGGCAGCUGCCGGGAUGAGCUUGGGGACGCAGCACAACUACCAGAUCGUCGCCACUGAAGGCUAUCAGAGCAGCGGAUCCUCGACCAUCACUGUUUCGGAGGGUGGUUCCUCAGGAGGAGGAGGAUCGUCGACGAGUUCCACACCCCCGGCGCAGUCUUCGACUCCUUCUACGGGAGGCACUGCUGCCCACUGGGGACAAUGCGGUGGUCAAGGAUGGUCAGGCCCUACCGUUUGCGAAUCGGGAUACACAUGCACGGCCCUCAAUGCCUACUACAGCCAGUGCCUUUGA